CCAAUGUUUCACGUCCUGUUUCUGCCGGAUGACAAAACUGGAGCACGGGCGGUUUGCUUCAAAACAUUAUGGCGUCGAGAAGAACGUCAACAGCUCCGAGCGGGUUUAAAAGUUCCUUCGCUGACACUAAAAGCUCGAAAAGUGGCAGCAAUGCUGUUAAAGCCACCGUCAGUGGACCUGGAAAGAAAACUGUUAAAACCACUGGGACUGUUGUCAAGUCUCGAUAUAUGCAGUCUGCUGAGAAGUCAUCUCUUUCAAAGAGUAACUCACUGACCAACGAGUCUCUUGCUGUGCCGCUGAGGCCUUCUUCACCUAAACCAAGUGGAGUCAAACCGAGAGUGGGCACGCCACCGAGAGUGGGCACGCCACCGAGACUGGGCACGCCACCGAGACGCUCGAUGGCCCCAAAGGCUACAUCAAUGAUGUCCUGUGAAGCUGAGCCUUCAUUGCUUGGGAAAAGUAUUCUCCAGUCCACUUUCUCAGAUGGACACUGCUUUCGACCAAAUUUUGAUAUUUCAGUCAUUAAAGAGAAAACAGUGUUUGAAAAUGCACCAGAGCCCGAGAGAAAUCCAGAGACUGAGAAGGAGAUCAUCGAGACGCAGACAUUCCUACUGGCCUAUAUCACAGCUGAGAUGGAGAGCAACACUGCAAAGCGUAAGGCUGAGGCAGAAACAAGGAUCAUGCAGGAGAUGGAGGAAGAAGAGGCCCUGUAUAAUGAAGUCCAGGAGAAGAAACAUCAGUACCUCAUCAUGGAGAAGGGCAGGCUGGUGAAUGAGCUGCUAGAUUUACAGAUUGCUGCUCUGACUCCUGUGGCAGAAAAGGCCAAACAGUUCACAAAGAACUACAAGUCUUUCGCCACAGCUGUUGACACCACCCGACACGAGCUGCCAGUGAAGAACUUCUACAUUGACGGGGACAGAAGGGAGUUUCUAGAUAAAGCUGAGGCUUGCCUGAAGGAGAGUGAGAAGCUGCUGGUGGAGUGCACAGAGGGAGAUCAGACGGACAACAGCACUUCUUUAGAGUGCCUCAGAGACAUAAAAACAACAUCAAAAGACAUCAGUCAGCAGCUGUCGGGGACAUUUUCAGAGCUACUGGAGCUGUCUUCACUGGUCUGCCGCCAUACCAUCAAUGUCCAGCAGGCCACGGAGGAGGAACAGCUUGGCACUGCAAGAACCCUGAAGCUCUACUGCCCCACACCAUAGAAGAAUACUAGACAGCAUGGGAUACACAAAACACGCACUUUGGAUACCCCUCCCCCCACCAGAUUUCCCCCACUUUGCAUGUACAUGUACCUUUUUAUUGCCUGCUUCUUAAAUACAGCUUGAUUUCUUUGUAGCUGUAUUAUGUUAUUGAAAUAUGACUGAAACUGUUUAUUGCUUGGGACAUUUUUAAUAAAUAAAACAGAAAGUAUAAAAUAAGUCAACAUUGGCCUUCAAACAGGAAGUAACUCAAAUAAACUUGAGCGAGUCAUGCUUUUGGGUAAACUAAUAUGUGAAAAUUGUUGUCCAAGUGAGAAAGCAAGAACAUUUGAAAUGUGUUAGAUUUAUGUUCAGUAGUAAAGGUAACAAUAACAUGAUAUUUAAUAAGAUUUGGGAGCAGUG